AUGUGGUUGACGAGCAGUUUUCCAGAGUGUCUUCCUAAAUCUCCCCCACAAGCACGUCAUCUUUUAUCAUUGCCCCUAUUGCCACAUCAUCCUCUUCCUGGAAAGAAUGCUUCUCAUAUCACUGCCAUUAGUUGGAUAAAGGAUUACUUUGCUGAUGUCACACCCUUUGUCAUCCAAUCACAUUUCAGCAAGGGCCUUGUGAAAAUGGAGUGUCAUGAAGAAGGGAAACAAGGACAAACAAAAAGAUUCUGCUCUACCUGUUCUGAGCCACCAAAGGUUCCUUUAAAGGGGAAUCUUAUUGUUCAUAACAGCGUGAAUGCACUUGUAGCUGCAACAUUAUGUUAUGAUUAUGAUGAAGGCCCUAAAAUGGGGAAAGAUGAGCUAAUAUCUUUACGAUCUGGUGGAGUUGAAUCGAAUAUAAACAACGACCGGAAAUCACUACCGCAACUCCGUAAGCACAAAAGGCAGAGUUCACCGGCGGCGAAAUCUAAUCCGGUAGCUGGCUGCCGGUGGCAGAAAAAUCCUAUCUUCUUGAAUGCCAUGAAUUUCCUGGAAAAGUUAAGAUUGCUGAAGAAAGAAGCGGGAAAUCCAUCGCCGGAAGUAGUCCCCGUCUCUGUCUCCUGGACUGAGACCUCAGACACCGUCUCUCGCCACUUUGAAUUUCAUCCCGACGGCCAACUCUCCGUGAAGGUGCUGAAUGAUUCAAGACCAGUUAUCCACAAAAUCUCCGAGUCUCUUGUCAAUACCUUUCUCCCUUCGGGUUAUCCAUAUAGUGUCAAUGAAGGGUAUCUUAGAUACACACAAUUUCGAGCAUUACAACACUUCUCAAGUGCAGCAUUAUCCGUCUUAUCAACUCAGUCACUGUUAUAUGCUGCAGGAUUAAGACCUACACCAGCACAAGCAACCGCAGCCAGUUGGAUACUUAAGGAUGGUAUGCAGCAUGUGGGAAAGCUAAUAUGCAGCAAUUUAGGUGCAAGAAUGGAUUCAGAGCCUAAACGGUGGCGAGUUGUUGCUGACAUGUUAUACGACUUUGGCACUGGUUUGGAAGUUCUUUCUCCAUUAUGUCCACAACUGUUUCUUGAAAUGGCUGGACUUGGGAAUUUUGCAAAGGGAAUGGCCAUGGUUGCUGCUAGGGCUACAAGAUUGCCAAUUUAUUCUUCAUUUGCAAAAGAGGGAAAUCUUAGUGAUUUAUACGCAAAAGGAGAGGCGAUUUCUACUGUGUUUAAUGUUCUUGGAUUGGGUGCAGGGAUUCAGUUAGUUUCUACUGUUUGUUCAUCAAUGCAAGGAAAGAUGGUUGUUGGGUCUUUCCUUUCUCUGAUACACAUUUACAGUACCUAUGAAGAAAUGCUAGCUGCUCCCAUCAACACAUUGAAUCCACAACGAACUGCAAUGAUCAUAGAAGAUUUCAUAAAGACAGGAAAGGUAUCAAGUCCUGCAGACUUGAGGUACAAGGAGGAUCUUGUGUUUCCAGGGAGAGUGAUAAAAGAAGCUGAAAAUGUGAAAGUGGGGAGAGAUUUACAUAAGGCUAUGAAGCCUUCAAGACUUAAAAAAGUGAAAGAGAUUUUUCCAGAUGAGAAAUUUGUUUUGAGUUUUGAAAACAGGUGGACGGAUAUGGUGUUGGAGCAAAACGCGAGUGGUGAAGAUGCAUUAAGAGGGUGGUUGGUGGCGGCAUAUGCAAAUCAGGAGGCUGAAAAGUUGGAAGAUGCGUAUGAAAAGAUGAAUGUGAUGAUGCCUGAAUUGGUGUCUCAACUAAAAGCAAAAGGGUGGCAUACAGAUCGUUUCUUAGAUGGAACAGGUAGCCGGUAUGGUUUCUAGUGUUUGUUGUAAUUAAGGUUUACACUUUUUAUAUAUGCAUAUAUAAAUUUGUUUUGUAUUUUACUAAUUCAUCAAUUUAAUAUUAAUGAUGUCAUCAAUUUAUUGGGUGAAUUGUAAU